AUGGUGGGCGAGUGCUGCACCGACUGCGUCUUCCAGGACACCGAGUUCCUGCAGAACACGUGCGGCGCGUCGUUCGCGCUGUUCAUGGGGCUAGUGCAGUUCCUGCUGCGCUCGCAGUGCGACAUCGCCGAGCCGUGCACGCGCCUGGGCCGCGACGCGGGCCUGCUGCAGCCCGACGCCGAGUUCGACUUCGUGGUGGUGGGCGCGGGCGUGGCCGGGCCCGUCGUGGCCGCGCGCCUCUCCGAGAACCCGCACUGGAGCGUGCUGCUGCUGGAGGCGGGCCCCGAGGAGCCCACGGCCACGCAGGUGCCUGGCUUCGCCGUGAGCGCCGUGGGCACGGUGCUCGACUGGAACUACACCACGGGCAUGAUGUACACGCGCGGGCACCGCAGCAUCUUCGACUCGUGGGCAGCAGCGGGCAACGAGGGGUGGGGCUACGACGACGUACUGCCCUUCUUCAAAAUGGCGGAGCACAACCUGGACGUGGACGAGCUGGACACCGAGCUGCACGGCUUCCAAGGCCCGCUCACCGUCUCGCACUUCCCCGACCACCCGGCCAUGGCCGAGUCUGUGGUGCAGGCCGGCGUCGAGCUGGGCUACAGAGACGGCGACCUGAACGGCUUCAACCAGACGGGCAUCAACGUGGCGCAGAUGAUGGUGCAGGACGGGCUGCGCGGCAGCACUUCGCGUCUGUACUUGCGCCCGGCCUCCCGCCGCGAGAACCUGCACCUGGCCGUCAACGCGCACGUCAGUAAGAUAGUCAUCGACCCCGACACCGGCCGCGCCACUGGCGUCGAGUACCUGCUGCCCAACGGCGAGACGCGGCGCGUGCGCGCGCGCAAGGAGGUGGUGCUGUCGGCGGGGGCGGUGGCGUCGCCGCAGCUGCUGCUGCUGUCGGGCGUGGGGCCCGCGGAGGAGCUGCGCGCCGUGGGCGUGCCCGUGGUGCUCGACCUGCCCGGCGUGGGCCGCAACCUGCACAACCACGUGUCGGUGGGCGUAGGCUUCUGGGCGGACGACGCCGACCGCGAGACGCUCACGCUCGAGUCCCUGGCGCAGUUCCUGCGCACGCACGACGGCCCGCUCUCCAGCACCGGCCUCACGCAGGUCACCGGCUUCCUGCGCUCCAAGUACGCCCCCACCGACGUGCCCGACCUGCAGAUGCUAACCGGAGUCGCGCCCCGCCGCGCCGUUCCCCCUGCGCAGGUGUUCUUCGACGGCUACAACGCGGCGUGCUCGGCGACGGGGCUGCCGGACGAGUGCAGCGACGGCAGCGUGGGCGGUUGCUCGACGCGCCGCUACAUCUAUGCGCGCCCCACCAACAUCCUGCCGCGCAGCGUGGGCGCGCUGCGCCUGGCGUCGGCCGACCCGCUCGCGCAGCCGCUCAUCGACCCGCGCUACCUCAGCGAGCAGCGCGACGUCGACGUGCUGGUGGAAGGGCUCAAGCUCAUGGUGGAGCUGACGCGCACCUCCGCCCUGCAGAAGUGGGGCUUCGAG